UAGAGUAUUAGGUUGGUCGGACUAUAAGUGAAUUAACCUUAUACAGGGGAUUAUAAUUUAGUUUUGAGAAUUGUCGACAAUAUCAAUAACUACUGAUGGCAGAUACUGAUAACAACAGAGACUGUAUCAACUUUCUUUCAUUUUUUGUUCCAAGUCACGUUAAGUCUGAUAAACCAGUUGAUAAAGAAAAUCAAAUACCAACAAAACUACUUUUUUUUUUUAAUUUUUGAAGGCUGGACUAUAAAUAGGUUUGACUUUCAUACGAAUACUCCAUAUCUAGAGACGGUUCGUAUGUUCUCGAAGUACCUCUUCAAAAUCUGGAUAAAUUCAAUACAUUUUAUGUGUUAGUGUGCCUAAAUAGACGUGUAAAUUCUUGACGUCUUUGAGUCAGGAAUAUUGGAGAAAAUUGGCAAAUAGAAAUAUGGACUUAAAAUGACGCUAGCAAGCAAUUCUUGUGGUGAAUGUCUUAUAAGUUAUGGUCAUUACCUCCUCUUCAGAUUUAUUCCUAAAGCGUUUGUUUUUCUUCUUUUCUCAAGUGUAGUUUACAUUUUACUUGAGGUCAAUUUUUUUAAAACGUUUCCCCUGAACAUAUGGACCAAGUCUCAAGAAACAAAGAGCAGUUUUAGAAUUUUAUCCAUCCUGCAAAAAACAAUACUUGCAGACGAGGUACCUGUAACCCCGGAACCACUAGCCUGUAACUUCAUGCCAGUUGAUCCAUACGAGCCUAGCAUUUUAAAACUCUCUGGUCUUGAUAACAAGCCUGUAGAAUGCUCAGGGUACAUGCCAGAUCUAACCUAUUUAAAGGGAGACAAACUAGUAAUUGAUAAGGAAAAAGUAAAAUCCAUCGCUAAUUUUACAUUCUGCAACUACAGAUCUAUAUAUAGACAUCCUGAUUCUGAUCAUAGAGUCGAGUUUGGAAAUUGGAGCGAAGACUUCACGUCCAGUAUAGAACUUCCGGAAGGGACAGAAUUUAUUGUCGUUGUGUGUAAAGGUAAUGGAACGAAUACAGUUUCCAAGACGUAUCAUGCACUUGUUCCUAAGCACGAGAAGGUCACUGAGCUAGACCAGUUGAGGCUCAAGAAACGAAAAGCUGAGUCUGACCCUAAAGAGACUCUGAACGUAAUUAUGAUAGGAAUGGACGGGACGUCAAGGAACCAGCUAAUGAGAGGCAUGAACAAAACGUACACGUUCCUGAUGAAAGAACUGCGAUCGUUCGACAUGUCAAUGUAUACACAAGUGGGAAUAAAUACUUUCCCUAACUUCGUUCCGCUUUUCUCUGGUUACAACGAAGAUGAGAUUCUUUUGUGGUGGCAGAGAUCCAAACACUUGGAUCCGCUGGAUACGAUUUGGAGAGAUUUUAACAACGCUGGUUAUCGGACUUUGUUUACCGAGGACUAUCCUUCAAUUGGAGGUUUCCAUUAUGCCAAGCAGGGCUUCCUUUUUCCGCCAACAACAUACUAUAGUCAUCCUAUCUGUGUAGCCAUAGAAAAGGACAAAGAUAUCUGGCGUUCGGGUAGGCAUUGUAUUGGAAAUCAAGCCGAGGUCGAUUUCCACUUUAGUUAUAUUCUCCGAUUUCUAAGUACAUUUGAAAAGUCGCCAGUCUUCAUCUCUUCCUUCUUUACGAAAUUAACUCACGAUGAGAUGACCAACAACAAGAAAGUCGAUGAACAUACGUACAAAUUUUACAAGACCCUCAAAGAUGAUGGUCAUCUUAACAACAGCUUGUUAAUUACUUUUUCUGACCACGGGCCCCGAUGGGGGUCUAUACGAUCAACACUUCAUGGCAUCAUUGAGAGUCGUUCGCCUUACGCUGUGUUGACCUUUCCUUUGUGGUUUCUGGAGAAGUACCCGGAUGUGGCCAGAAACUUGAAAGUCAACACUAAGCGUUUAACAACUCAUUUUGACACUCACGAAACACUUAGAGAUCUUCUGUACUUUAAAUCUACUCUGGAUAUUCCUCUUCUCAAAAGAGAACAUGGGAUAAGUUUAUUUAAAGAGAUUCCUAAAAACAGAACGUGUCCGGACAUUCCCAUCCCACUGGAAUUCUGUAUAUGCAAUCAAGAAACACUGAAAGAGCUUCCUAUAAACUCCAGCCUUUCCAAAGGUUUCGCCGAAGUCGUAGUCAGAGCCGUUAACAGCAAACGAAAUGAAACUUUAUGCCGAGAACUAAAGGUGAAGGACAUUUUACAGAUAGUUGUGGUCAGCCUGCCGCCACUUUUGUCCAAAGACCGGCGUCUGUUUAAAAUUAAAGUUGAGACAACGCCAGGGAAUGCCAUUUUCGAAGGUACAGUCCAAACAAAACUCUGUAACGAUACAGAGCUGGGAGAUUACUUUCAAAAUUUUACUUCUGGGAGUAACAAUAAUGCAAUGGAGUUGACAAUAGGGGACUCUAUUGAUAGAUUAAAUCUAUAUAAAGGCCAAGCAGAUUGUGAGCCGGACGCGGUGAAGAAACCUUAUUGCUAUUGUAAAACUGUAGUUUAACGAAAUAUUUAUAAUUGCAAUGCAACAAAUUUGUAUACUUUAUAUGUUUAUCUAAUAUCACCCAAACACAGCUACCGGAUGAUGGAGAUGUCUAUCUGAAACAUACGCAAUUCUUAAAGACACUCUGCACCAAUUAGACCAUUAUGUCUGUACAAAGUGGUCGCUUGGAUUCUCUCCAUUGGGGAAAGAGGAAAAAAAAUUAAAAACUAAUUUAAUUCCACUUUCAGUCAGGGUGUUUUAACUCUUUCUCUCCUAACUGACGAUACCAACGUUGAUUCCACCAGAAUGUGAUAAUUAAUUACGGAGAGAAAGAGUUAAAAUUAUUUGCCCUCACCAGGAAGUACACUCCAAUUCCAAUUCAUCAAUCGCCUCUCGUGUAUGUGUGUUUCAUGUUCUUGGUUUGCAUCUAUACAUUGUUCUUGUUAUAGUAAUAAUGCCCACAACUUGAGUCAAACUGAAUUUCCAUUGGUUUGGACCAAUAAAAUUAACUCACCUUAUUUUAUAAAAAAAUAUUUUUUCCAGAAUAAUAUAAAAACGUUUCAGGCCUAGCGAUGUAUAGAGAAAAUAACGUUAAAGUCAUCUGUUUCCUUGGCCAGCGGUUAACCAACCGCCUCUACUUUCUCCUACUAAAGUCAUGUACCAGUUAGACUAAUGGGCGCCCUGAAAAUCCCGAAGUUCAAAAUCAAUGUCUGCAAUCAGAUUCGAGCUCAGGACCUUGGGUUCGGAAGCUAAGCGCUUAACCACCCAGCCACCUUAUAGAGCUAUAUUUGUCAGCUCCUAAUUGGAGAAGAUAAAAAAAAAUAUUCAGAUCAUACAGUGGCGUAGAGGGGAGGAGAGGGAGAAUUUGAAAAUCAUCCCGGGCCCCCACUUGAGGGAGGCCCCAAAAUAAGUGUUGUUUACAUUAAAAAUUAAAUAUUACGCAAAAUGCAGAGGGCCCCAAAGAGGAAAAGCCUUGGGCCCCCCAAAUGAUGGAAAAUUUCUAGCUACGCCCCUGAGAUCAUAAUGGCAUUAAAAUUGUGAUGAAUAGUCUACAAAAUUGUUAUAGGCACAUUUAUCAAUCAUCACUCUGCGAUGGUAAAAUAAACAUGCAUCAACAAAUAGAUAGAAUGCAUUGAACAUCUUUAAAUAUCUUUCUUAUUCAAAGCUCUAUGCAAACUAUAUCUACCCGAAUUUCGUUUAUUCUAUGUUAUUGUAAAUGAAAUGUUCAGGCUAACAUUCAGUAUGGACCAUAGCACUACACACAAUGAAAAUAGUUUUAACCAUAAUAUACCAGCGAGUGGUUUAAACGUUCAGGUCGAAUUUGUAUAUCUUUCUGUUGACGACUACUGCGUUUGAAACAAAAUUACACUAACAAAAGUCACUAGGGCCCUGGAAAGCUCACACAUGAGUCCAGGGCCGGAUUCUAGUAAGUGGAAGCCCUUACACUUUACAAAUGUCUAUAUACAAAGUCUUAGUAAUAAUAAUAAUACAUAUAUCCAGUGCUUUUUUGUAAAAAAAAAAAUAGGUGCCGGUACGUUAAAAUACAAGAAAAGUAAUAUUUUUUCCCUACAUACAAAAAGGUGCAGGUACGUUGUACCGGUGCGUACCGUCACAAAAAAAGCCGUUUUUAUCUAAAGACUUGCCUUUUUUUAGAGCCAUUAUUGAGAAAACUUUUAAAUUUAUUUUCAAGUUUCUAUUUUUAGCGGCCCCCGAAAAGGGAAAAGACGCUAUUAGUUUUGUGUGGAAUGUCUGUCCGUCGGUCUGUCCGUCCAGUUUAGAUGUCGUAAACUAGAAUAGUAAUUGAAAAUCCGACAUCAUGAUAUUUUAGACCAUUCAAAGUUGUUAUGCAACGGCUUUUUUUUGCUUUUCUGAAAGCGAAAAAUGUAAUUUUUAAAAUUAACUAUGCAAGCAGUUUUGUCCAUAAAAAAAUACAUAAUUUUUACUAUUCACUAUUAAUAGUAACAAACACAGGAGGCUAUUUAGCAAGGGGGAUAAUCAAUUACCAUAUUUUUAAUUGUACAAGGCAAUUAGAAUAGAAAGUCUGUUAGGUCUAACCACUGGCGGAUCCAGAACUUUGGAGUGGGGGGGGCGAUUUUUUUCCAAACCCUAACCCUAACGCCCAGUAAACCCUAACCCUAUGCAUAAACGUGCGUACAGCAUAUAUAUAUAUAUAUAUAUAUAUAUAUAUAUAUAUAUAUAUAUAUAUAUAUAUAUAUUCGAUAUCUGAGAAUAAAAUAAGACUGUUUCUCAAUCUUCGGCGAAAAAAAACAGAAAAAAAAAAACAGUCUUUCUCUUGCAAGAUUGGGGGUCUGGGAGAGCGCUGUAAGCUUCUUCAGUGGGGUUCGGUGCGAAGCCCCGACGCCCAAAAGCGUUUUCUUGCAUUUUUCUCUGCAGAAACGCAUUCUUCUGACAUCUACAGCUCAUUACUUAUUAGUGGUGUUCGGGGCGAAGCCCCGACGCCAAAAGCGUUUUCUUGCAUUUUUCACGGCUGAAACGCAUUCUUCUGACAUGUACAGCUCAUUAUUUAUCAGUGGGGUUCGGGGCGAAGCCCCGAUGCCAAAAGCGUUUUCUUGCAUUUUUCACUGCAGAAACGCAUUCUUCUGACAUGUACAGCUCAUUAUUUAUCAGUGGGGUUCGGGGCGAAGCCCCGACGCCAAAAGCGUUUUCUUGCAUUUUUCACGGCUGAAACGCAUUCUCCUGACAUCUACAGCUUAUUAUUCAUCAGUGAGGUUCUGGGUGAAGCCUCGACGCUAAAAGCGUUUUCUGGCAUUCUUCACUGCAGUAACGCGUUCUCGUGCCCUACAGCUCAUUAUUCAUUCUAUUAUAAAGUGCCUUUUGAAUAAUGAGAAAAAUAUUCUAAUAUGAAUUUAUAGUUCCUUAAUACAUUGCAAAUACAACCGAUUUGUUCUUUGAAAAGAUUAGAUACCCCACAUAUUUAGAUUAAGGUUUUGAGGAUCGCCGCCGAAAAAAAAAUAUUCGAUUAAUAAUAUUCAAUGAAAUUCUAGCAUACAUUGUGAGUUAUAGUCCUAAAUUUAUUUAACUAGAAAAAUAUGAGAGUAAAGGUUGGAAAAAGUCGACUAGGAAAAGAUUAUCUGGCUUUUGAACUCAUCUCAACCGUGACUGUUAUAUUGAAAAAUUUCGUUUGAAUUAUAACUUUUCCAAAGCAAAGUCUUUCUUAAAAUAGUUAUGAUAAAUUCAUGUCAAAUUACACAAACUCUGUCUGGAAAGGGGAAGGGCGGUAAAAUGAAAACGAUUAAUUCUCGCUCCUUGUUAUAAUUUCUGCUAUUGAUUGCAUUUUGCAUUAAAGAAUAAGGGUUGGGCGACUCGAUAUAAGAAUUUACUUUAUAGCAUAUAUAAAUUUUAUUAGUGACAGAUUUUUUUUAAUUUUGUAAUUUCUUACUAUAAUACAAAAAGAAAAAGUAUUGAUUUGUCCGAUGGGGGGAAGGGGAUUGCAUGUAUCGCACUUCCACCUGUUUAUAUUAUAUAGAUAUUCGACUAAUUUUGUUCACAUACUAUGAUUUCUCCAUAAAAGUAGGACCGCCCCCCCCCCCACUCAAAGGGUUUAGAUGGGAAGGGCGGUGGAGGUAUUCACUCUUCCCCUUCCAAUCGGCCAACAGGUGAACGAAAAUAUAUAAAGACCGGUUAAAAUACCAAUAACAAGUUUUAAUCAUAUAGAUAUUUAAUUGAUUCUGUUAGCAAGCUGUGAUUUCUACAAAUAAAUAGGACCGCCCCCCCCCCCACUCGAAAGUUUAUGGUGGGGGGGGGGGG